GUUUGUCCUGGACUAUAUUUGCGAUGUUCUCUAUAUAAUCGAUCUAUUUAUCCGUGUACAUGAGGGGUACCUAGAGCAAGGUUUGAUGGUCAAGGAUCCAGUUCUACUGCGGAAAAAUUACAUCAAGAACCCAUUUUUCAUUAUCGACAUUAUAAGCGUUCUACCAACAGAUCUAGCCUACUUAUUCCUCGGCACACAGUGUCAUGAAACAGUUCCUUGCCCGGUCAUCUUCAGACUAAACAGGGUCCUACGUCUGGAUAGAAUGUUUGAAUUUUUCAAUAAAACUGAAACAAGAACAAACUUCCCGAAUGCAUUUAGAAUAACUAAGAUAAUUUACUAUAUUCUUAUCCUUGUACAUUGGAAUGCUUGCUUCUUCUUCGCCAUCAGUUUCUCUAUUGGAUUUGAGACUGAUGGCUGGGUCUACCAGGGAUCUGAGAACCUUCAUGAUCAAUAUAUCUUUAGCUUUUGGUGGUCAACCUUAACCCUGACUACUAUUGGAGAGACAGCCCAACCAAUUCAGGAUAGCGCUCAUGUGUUUGUUAUUCUGGAUUUCCUUGUCGGAGUUAUAAUAUUCGCGACAAUCGUUGGAAAUAUUGGGUCAAUGAUCACUAAUAUGAGUGCAGCCAGGGAUGAGUAUCAGAGCAGACUAGACGCAAUAAAGCAGUAUCUUGUGUUCAGGAAGGUCGGGGAUGAACUUGAAACACGGGUGAUAAAAUGGUUUGAAUAUCUAUGGAACAAUAAACAAUCCCUUGAUGAGGAUCAGGUUAUGGGAAUGCUUCCUGACAAACUUAAGGCAGAGAUUGCAAUGCAUGUUCAUUUAGAAACACUAAAGAAGGUUAAAAUUUUCCAGGAAUGUGAAAAAGGUUUAUUGGUUGAUUUAGUGCUGAAGCUGAAACUUGAAGUAUUCUCACCUGGAGAUUAUGUUUGUAGGUGUUUGCUACGCUUGGAGACGGAGUUGUGUUUGGUGAACUCUCAAUUCUAAAUGUUCCUGGAAGUAAGAUGGGGAACAGGAGGACUGCAAACGUGCGAAGUAAAGGAUAUUCUGAUCUUUUCUCACUCAGUAAAGGUUAGCCCUGGUUCAACACUUUACUGAGAGGUUUGUAUANAAAG